CGAGAGAACAGCACAGACCCCCUCUCUCCCCCUGGUCGCCGUGUCGCUCGCAUCUCCGCACGCACCGCCGUCGCCGCCGUGCCCCCCUUCUCCCCCGUUCCCCCCGCCGGCGGCUGUCUGUUACUCCGGGAUCGGACCGGCCAUCUCGCGCCGCCGAGGAAGGAAGGGCAUGGCUCUGCGAGCGGCCGCCGCGAGGCUGGCGUCCUCCAGCCUCCGCCGCCGCCACGGCCACCUCCUGCCGGCGGCCGCCACCGCCAGCCAAUCGGCCUUCCUCCACUCCCACGCCACAAGCUUCGGAUUCAAGCAGGUGCGCGAGGACGAGAAGAGCAAGCUGGUCGGCAACGUAUUCAGCAGCGUCGCCUCCAGCUACGACGUCAUGAACGACCUCAUGAGCGCUGGGCUGCACAGGCUCUGGAAGGACAGGCUGAUCUCAAAGCUGAAUCCUUUUCCCGGGAUGAAGCACCUCGACGUGGCCGGUGGGACAGGGGAUGUUGCGUUCCGUGUAGUCGAAAGAAUUAAGAGUGUGAGCCACAGAGCUACGCAGGGUACUCUUACUGAUAUGGAAGAAGACACUCACAUUUAUGUUUGUGACAUUAAUCCAAAUAUGCUAGAUGUUGGAAAGAAGCGUGCUACCGAAAAAGGCUACAAUGAAGAGCAGUGCCUUAGUUGGGUACAGGGAGAUGCAGAAGCUCUUUCUUUUGAGGAUGGGUCUAUGGAUGGCUAUACUAUUGCAUUCGGGAUCAGAAAUGUUACACACAUUGAGAAAGCUCUAUCAGAAGCUUACAGAGUUCUAAAGAAAGGAGGAAGGUUCCUAUGCUUGGAGUUGAGUCAUGUAGAUGUUCCAGUUUUUAAAGACAUUUACGACAUCUAUUCAUUUUCUGUGAUUCCGGCUGUGGGAGAGCUAGUUGCUGGUGAUAGGCAGUCGUACCAAUACUUGGUCGAGAGCAUUCGUCGGUUUCCAAAACAGGAAAAGUUUGCUCAGAUGAUCCAGGAAGCUGGAUUUGAAGCGGUCGAAUAUGAAAAUCUGGUGGGCGGUGUAGUUGCCAUUCACUCUGGAGUGAAACUGUAGUAUAGGUCAAAUAGCAGCACGGCCGACAGACGCUUCCGUGGGUAGUGGUGGAUCUGGAUCAGGCAUUUGGGGCUAACAAUUUACCAUUUUCUUUGUUAAAAAAAUCAUGUAACUAUUAUUCCUGUUUAUGUAAUUCAAAAUAAGGACAGACGAUGAUCUGCUCAGUGGUUUUGUUUUUUCACAAUUUAUAUAGUUUGUGCAAGCAA